CGGGGCUGGCCGGCUCUGCCGGGUGAUCGCGCUGAUGGCGGCGCUGGCGGCAGUGGCCAAGAAGGCAUGGAGCGCGCGGCGGCUGCUGGUGCUGGUCCUCACGCCGCUGGUGCUGCUGCCGGUGAUCUUCGCCCUCCCGCCCAAGGAAGGCCGCUGCCUGUUUGUCAUCUUGCUCAUGGCGGUGUACUGGUGCGUGGAGGCCCUGCCCCUCGCCGUGACGGCCCUGCUGCCUGUCAUCUUCUUUCCCUUCAUGGGCAUCCUGCCUUCCAACAAGGUCUGCUCCCAGUACUUCCUGGACACCCACUUCCUCUUCCUCAGCGGUCUGAUUAUGGCCAGCGCCAUUGAGGAGUGGAAUCUGCACCGGAGAAUCGCCCUCAAGGUCCUGAUGUUUGUUGGGAUCCAGCCGGCCAGGCUCAUCCUAGGGAUGAUGGUGACCACUUCCUUCCUGUCCAUGUGGCUGAGCAACACCGCCUCCACCGCCAUGAUGCUGCCCAUCGCUAACGCCAUCCUCAAGAGUCUUUUUGGCCAGAAGGAGGCUCGGAAAGACCUCAAUAGAGAGAUUGAAGAGAACGCAGCUGCUGCGCAGAGAAACGGCCUGCCCACUGUGCCCACGGAAAUGCAAUUUUUUGCCAGCACAGAAGACAAAGACUGCCCUGAUGAAGUGGAGGCUCCUCUGGAUCUGCAGGCUGACUCCAAGAAGGAGGAGGAAUAUCGCAAGAACAUCUGGAAGGGCUUCCUUAUCUCCAUCCCCUACUCAGCCAGCAUCGGGGGCACCGCCACCCUUACAGGCACUCCCCCCAACCUCAUCCUGCUUGGCCAGCUCAACAGUUUCUUCCCGCAGUGUGACUUGGUGAAUUUCGGCUCCUGGUUCAUUUUCGCCUUCCCGCUCAUGAUACUGUUCCUGUUGGUGGGCUGGCUCUGGAUCUCCUUCCUCUACGGAGGAAUAACCCUGAGGGGCUGGAGGAAGAAGAAAUCUGAGUUCAGGGCUAGUGCGGAAGACAGGGCUCGAGCCGUGAUUCGGGAGGAAUUCCAGAACCUGGGACCUAUCAAGUUUGCUGAACAAGCCGUUUUCGUCCUUUUCUGCAUGUUCGCCAUCCUCCUCUUCUCCCGGGACCCCAAGUUCAUCCCUGGCUGGGCCAGCUUCUUCACUCCUGGGUUUCUUUCCGAUGCUGUCACUGGCGUGUCCAUUGUCACCAUCUUGUUCUUCUUCCCAUCCCAAAAGCCAUCUCUCAAGUGGUGGUUUGACUUCAAAGCUCCCAACAGGGAGACAGAGCCCUUGCUGACGUGGAAGAAGGCCCAGAAAACGGUGCCCUGGAACAUCAUCCUUCUCCUGGGCGGGGGCUUCGCAAUGGCUAAAGGCUGUGAGGAAUCAGGGCUGUCUUCGUGGAUCGGAGGGCAGCUGCACCUCCUGGAGAAUGUGUCACCCAUGCUGGCCGUGCUGCUCAUCACUAUGGUCAUUGCCUUCUUCACCGAGUUUGCCAGCAACACGGCUGCUACCAUCAUCUUCCUGCCCGUCCUGGCGGAGCUGGCCAUCCGCCUGCGAGUGAACCCUCUGUAUAUGAUGAUUCCCGGCACGGUCGGCUGCUCCUAUGCCUUCAUGCUCCCAGUCUCGACGGCCCCUAACUCAAUCGCCUUCGCCUCUGGACACUUAAUGGUCAAAGACAUGGUGCGGACAGGACUCCUGAUGAACUUGAUGGGCAUCUUACUGCUCAACUUGGCCAUAAAUACCUGGGCACAGACCAUCUUCCAGCUGGGCACCUUCCCAGACUGGGCCAGCAUCCACUUAGCCAAUAUUACGGCACUGCCACCACCCUGACUGACGACUCCGGACCCUCUGAGUCCCCACAGGGGACUCCCUUUGGGUUGGUCCCUCCCAGAAGGCUGUCACCAACACCCGCUGCUAAGGACCCCACAGGACCAUCAAGCAAUUCUUUUCUGUGAUCCAAUACACAGCAAGCAAGAAUGACCUCCAAUGGUCCACUUAGGCCCACAGGCUCAUUUUGUAAGACACCUUCUCUUUCUCCCUCAUGCAUUUCAGGGCC